AUGUCUUUCCUUCAUGGAGUUUUGCAUAACAUUAAGCCUAAAUUAGGCCUGCAUAAAGAGUCUAUAAAUGACGCUAUUAAGUCUCUUAACACCAAUAAACACUCUGGUAAAGAAGGUUUUAAUGCUGCGAUUGGCGAAGUGGUCCAGGGGGUGAGGGAGUAUAAUGAGGGUGUGAGGAGAUCCAAUCAGCAAGUUAAAAUUACAGUGGAAAAUCUUCAAAGUAAGGUAAGUGAUGCAUUUGUUAGAGAUGUAAAUAAUAUUUUGCCUGAUAUUGUUGCAGGUGUGAAGAUGGAGCACAGUGCUCAAGAAAUCAAGUCGGCGGAGACUCUCAUCGGUGGAAAACUGGAGGACUGCGAGAUAAACGCUUCGGCGUUUGUAGAUUCACUUAGCAGACAUAGCGAAACUAUUGAUAAUUUUAAUAAUACUUUAUGUAAUAGAGUGCGUGGCGUAAUUAGUAGUGUAGAACAUGAGAAAGUGCGACUGCAUGACGUGGCGGCGAAGGAGAAAGACAUCUUAACGGCGGCGACGGACAAGAUUGGUGAUGCAUUGAACAAACUGAAAUGUAGCGUUAACGAUAAGAUUAAAGUAGACGUUGGGAAGCUUGUCAAAGAGGUGAAGGAGGCCUUAAAGCCGAUUAAGGAUAAGUUGGAAGAGAUUAACAGGCAGCUGAUUGAGUACACUAGGGCAUUAGAGGAGUGGAUUGCGAACGCUGAAGCCGCCGUCAAGGCGGCGUUUGAUAAGGUUGAGGCCAUAAUAAAUGAAGUGGAUGAAACUAAAAGGAAGGCAAAAAAUAAGGAAGCGAUUGAGACAGCUGCGGAGUUCAUCCGGGGGCUGUCCAGCACGUUGAAUGAGGAUUUUGCAUUUAAAAAUGAACAAUUUAGAAAAGCUGUUGAAGCAAUUACAAAUGCGACGGAGCAGCUUAAGAGUCUUCAUGAGAGUGUUACACAGGCGGUGCCGGAAAGUAAGUUGGAACAAAUUAAGACACAUUUAGGCGUGAAUGACGAACCGCUCAAGGGGGGAAUUAAGAGUGAGAUGAAGGAUUAUGUUGAAGAUGUAGUUUUUAAAAAAAUCCAGGAGCAAGUUGGUGCGAUUAAAGAUGGAGUUGGUGAUGGGAAACGAAAUGGUGUUAUAAAUACAUAUUUGAUGCAGCUUAAAGAGGAGAUUACGAAAGUUGUCGGUUGGAUUAACGGUCCUGGGAGUACUGCAGAAGGUGACCCUAAUGAAAAAUAUAGGGGUCUCAAGGGUAUUCAGCAUAAGGUAAAAAUGUAUGCAGAGGCGUUUAGAGAUAAAUUUGAGAAAUUUGUGGAGGGAUGGAUUAUAAAUAUUUUGGAUAAAGAGCCAGUCAAGAGUUGGCUUGGACAGUACGCUGAAGAUAACAACGGAGUUAGUGCGUUAAAAAAGGAAUACAUAACUAAGGAUAAUGGAAUUCAUCCCGAUCAUCUUCAGAGAAUUGCAAGUGAGAUUAAAGAUGGAAUCAAGGAACAUUUCAAGACGAAGCUAAACGGUGAACUUUUUAAGGUUUCGAAGACCAUCCAGAAUGGCGACCGCCCAGAUAGCAUACAACAAAAUGUAGAAUAUAUUCAGGAAGUGUGUACAAGUUUUGCCAAGAAUGUUGGUGACAACAUUACGAAGGUCAAUUAUACUACCCUUGUUUUCGCGGUACAGAAGAAGAUUGAAACUGCACUAGGGGUGACGGAUUCAAAAGCCACACUUAAGUAUAACCCAACUAAUCUUUCAUACGCUGUACAGCUCAUGCUACCCUCUCUCUCUUUUACUGCAAGACAGACUGCCCUUGCUCUUGGGUCCUUCACCACCAAGAAAGACAUCUUCAGCCUCGGCUUCAACCUGGAUGCGGCCAUACAUGAUGUCGGAAGGAUCAAGCAGAUACUAGGUAAUGGCAAAACUGACGGUAGUGGCAAUGAGGCAGGCGACAGAAUCACUGCAGGUUUGACUGCAGUCGGUAAAAAAAUUAAAGAGCUUCACGACAAUCUUGACGCGUUAUCCUCUUCUGGAUCCACCGGUCCUCAUAAUAUUCUUGGUAAAGAGCUUUCGACAAGCAUUGCAGAUAAUGUAAAGUGGACCACAGUCGACCCCCAACUCGCCACACUGCUGAAAACCACCGCAGACGCCGGCAUCCAGAAGCUCCACGAAAAACUCCAGACAAAGGUUAUCGACGAGAUACUAGAGAAAAUCGACAAGGAUGUCACUAAACAUGAACAAAGCGCCAACAAUGCAUAUGCUGCGAUUAUCCAGCGCGUCAACGAAAUCACCAACGGACUUACGCAAAUGUGCAACGCAAUCAAGCAGGCCGCCGACACGGACAAGGACAGCGCUAGAACAAAUUUGAAGAAGCUGAGAGACACGUAUUUCAAUAAGCUGCUCAAAGACCGUAAUAGUAUCCAUCACAUACACAAGGAUCUUCUCGAUCUUCAAAACAAUCUAGAGAGUGAGCCUCUUAAAAAGCUCAAAAUAUUCCUCGAACAAUACGCCGACAAAAUGCUCGACCUGCACGUGAAAUCGCUUCACAAACAAGUCAACAACACCGUGAAACAAUCUCAAGACGAACUCACCACCCAGGCGAAAAAGGACUACGUCGUCACUAUGCAGCUCCUCAUCCAGCAGUUCGCCGAGAGGGUUAGGAGCGACUUGAAUGGACUGCCUCAAGCAAUUAGUGACGAUUUAGAACAAGGACACAAAGGCUUUAUGGCGAAAUUGCAUGAGCAAUUUCUGAAUCGCUUUAACACUUAUCUCAGAACCUAUAACCUAGAGAGCAGAACAUUAAGAGAUAUCGCCGGUACAGUAUGUUACCAGUUUAGCGAUUUCAUGGAGGCAUUAUACAAGCAGGAAGAUUUCACAAACAAUCGCAUAUAUGUUGAGCCUUCCAGGAAGGCAUUGCAGACGUUGCUUACGCAUCUUGCCAAUUCACAGCACUUCGACCGCAUUUUCACUGACAACCUUAAAAACUUAAGAGGCACCUUUAAUUACUUCGCACCUAAGAGAUUCCACACGCCAAACAGCACGUUGAUAGAUCCCUUGAGAGAGGGAAUUAGAAGCCUGGCCAAAGAGGUGGGCUACGGAUACGUCAACACGUACUCCGGUGAGAAGCCUAUAGAUGGCUGGGUGACCAAGGUCACUGACGCCAAGGCAUCAGAGCCGAAAACCAAAUUAACUGAUGAAGGCAAAAAUUGCGCGAAGGUAUGCCUUACCGUAUUUUACACCCUAAACUCCACCUUGCAGGAAAUGAAGCAGAAUUGCGGCAGCAAUUGGCGUGGAGACAGUGUUACUAAAUCCACAAAGCUCGGACAGUUCCUGGCCGACCAAGGGUAUGACGUAUCUGACGCAGGCAAGCAGAAUGGCGAAAUAGACAUGGAGCUGAGAGGUGGGCAAGUUAAUAAAUUCCUUGUAGGCUCCGACAAUAAACACGUCUACAAAGCCGAUGGAACUAUAAGCACACUGACAACGCUGUACGAUUAUCUUGAAACAUAUAAUCACGCUUGCCACCUCCGCCACGUAGACGGCGCGAAAGCGCCACUUAGUGUAUUCCAUAUGCUCUCUUGGCUUGCUGGUCUUACAUAUAGUCCCAUGCUCGGCGCAAUGUAUGACCGCUUCAUAUCCUUGUUUGAUAAACCAACAGAAUACAAAGCGCACAACCACUCUGCCAACUACACUCUAGAUGCAUAUCCGUCGACUAUCACUGCCGAACAAAUGGAAACGUCCCUGUAUGAUAUUAUGUCACAGUCCCACGACCUCUUAACUUCCAUACUGGGCCACGGCCAUGCGGGUGGCAUUUAUGCGUGUGAUCAUUUGAACAACAGCAAUAACCUCUUAUAUCCCAAUAACCCAGGUGCCUGUUUUGACUUGUUGGCUGAAAUAUUGCAGAGACUCAGCCAGCAACUCAGCUUCCUAUACUACCAGUGUGAUUGGAAUAGGAAUGACAAGCGUAAGAAGCACAGGGAAGAGCCAUUUGAACAGGCUGUGAAAGGCGUCAAUUUCGAAAAUCCAGACACCGAUCUCGAUAUUACAUCCGUCUUUAAGAGCACUAAACAUAGUUCCGGCAAAAAUACGCCACACCACGAUGGAGAUCUCCACUCUCUCGUGAGUUGUAAUCCAACCUCUACUGCAGCCCAUCCCUGUGGCCCAUAUCUGAGGCCCCUGUCCAGUGACCUCGGUACGAUGCUAUCCAAAAAGAAUGCCGACAAAUACCUAUCUUGGAUAGUGUAUGUAACCGAAACAUUCUACGACCUGCUCAAGAAACUGUUUGAUGAGUGCAACAAACAAUGUGGCGGUGAUAAGCCAAAAUGUCGCAUUGCUCGGUGCCCGCAAGGUUGUAAGGCCACCAACAAAUCUCUUAUCUCUAAUCACAGUGAGUCUUGCAACUCUAUUGUAAACUGCACUUCUACGUUACCUACAUUUUGUAAAUACGGUUUUGUAUACGAAAAUUCGUCAGCUCUAAAUGGCAUGUACGGAGAUAAUGAAAAGAGAACCUGUCGAGAUUUCUGUGACGCAUUGAAACAAGUUCUCAAGAAAGGGAACGCACUUGGUGAUAUAGUACAUAAACAUAUUCCAGCAUUCUUGUGGGAGAUAAGAUACAAAUUCUUCUACACCCUCCUCGCCCUCUGGUCGCUCUCUUUGCUCUACCUGCUGCACAUCGCCGUCGUCCGCCUCGACGUCCUGAGGAUACGCUCCCACCUGAGAUCACCCUCAAGCCACCGCAUCGCCGCGCAGUCACUACUCGCCGUAGCAAGGGUUGGGAAAAUUGCCAACGUCAAGUACUUCUCACCAUAA